ACCAGAUUGAACUUGCACUCUUGACCAUAAAGUACCUUUGUACCUGUUACACAGAACACGGCAUCGCAACCAAUAUGAAAGGAAUAUUAGGCAGACCGGUCGAGGAGAUGAGGAGAAAAUGGAAGGCACCGCGGGCGGGUGCAACCGGUCAAGAGGGAAGGAGGGUUUACUUGACUGAUUGAUGGUUCACCGAGUGCUCUCCUUCUCUCCGUCACCCUCUUGCCCUAUGCCCUAUGCCGCCAGCUUCGCACAUCCAAUACUCACCUUGUGUUUCUUCACAGUUCAAGUUGGUGACACAAAGUCCAGCCUCGUUUCCUCCCAAUCACAGCAGUUCCCAGCCGCCAGUAACGCCUACAGUCGUCGCGUAUCUUGUCGGGUAAGGCUGGAUCGCCAACUCUCACGCGCAAGUGGACGACAAGCAUGAUACCUUAUCGGAGGUGGUGCUGGCCUGCAUUAUCUUGGCUUCAGCUAGUCACAAUAUCCUCACCAAGAUGGCACCUUCGGGCAUUUCAGCCAGUCCAGGUUUCGGCCGCCUACUCCAUAAUGCCCAAAAGGAAGAAGAAAGAGAAAACCACAGGGAGCUGGGUUGACGUUGAUGACACCUUUUUCACCUCGAAUUCUCAAAAAUCCGGGGACAUCCAGGGAGUCGAAGCUGGACUGGAUGAGCCUCAAGUGGAAAGCCCAAGAGUCCGCAGAAAGGAGAUGCGGGAGCUUAGGAACCGGUACUUUUGGAAGCACUGGGUGCAAAAGCACCCAAACUACGUCUGGAAUAGGGCUGGUCGCAGAGAUCAACAAAGGUCCACGAUCAACAAAGAUGGACUUCAUACAAAGACCAAUGAUGAGAGUGUUGUCAACUAUCCCGAAACUGAAGCUGAAAGAAGACAGGAGAGAGUCAACCUCUGGAAUACGUGGGUUAUGAACCACCCGACUUUCAAGCACAGCAAAUUCGGCCAAUUAAGAAGCUCGGGGAAAAUCAAGGGCUAUGGUCAAGCCAGCCUCAUGAGAGAUCGAGCUAACAGGGUCGGUCGUUACUUCAGAACCCUAAGAGUCGGUCAAGAAAACAACACUUUUCUUCGUUUUCAAAAGAUUCCAGUGAAAGAUCGCUUGAUGAAGAGACUCGUUCGGAAGAUCGACUUCAGCUCCGCCAAGUUCGGCCAAGCCUAUUUCAGGCGCUUGAGAGUAGGCCAGAUUCACAAUGACUUCCUCAAGUUCCACAAGGUCGACCUGAGAAGGCCUCAGCCAGGGCGAAUCUACCUCAGAAGCCUUCGACUUGGCAGUGAUUCCAAGUUCGACAGGUUCAGGAAGAUUCUCUUCGACGCAGAUGGCGACCUCAAGGCACGCAGGAAGAAGGAAAGGAGAAGCAGUAAAGACCUAACGGAAGACCAUUGGAAGAAAAUGACGAAGAAGACACCCGAGAAUAUUGCUGCCGAAGAAAAGGAAGAAAAACUGGCAAGAGGAAUCCCCGACCAUUGGACGAUUGGGCAAUGGGAAUACAUCACCAAGUUUCCCAACCACAGGACUGCAGAGGAAUGGAAGAGGAUGAGGAACUUCUCAAGUAAUCUCGGCCACAAGCGAGCUAUUGCGAAAGCGGUCGAACUAGAAACCUAUCAAAUAUCCGACCUGGUGCUGGAGCUGGACGCCCACGACAAUCCCUUUGUUCGUCCGUUCAACGCAGACGAUGCAGCUGAACAGACCAAGCAGUGGCCGCACCUCGACCCAGAUCAGCAAGAGCUUGUCAGACGCGCGAUCUCUGUCGCCGAAACUGUUGCUGAAUCCAAAACAAAAUGGAAGUCACCAUUGUUACCAUUCGAUCACCGUCGGAUAACAGAACGUGAUGUCCUGUCAGUGGCAUUACUCGGCCUUGUCUCCGAGUCCACGGGGUUACAAAACCACCCAACAUCGGAAUCAGGCACUCACGAACCAAGUUUUGGAUUCCUCACCAUGUCCGACCUCCUCGAAAUAGGUGUACCUGUUUCAUACUCAACAAACCCUCAGCGUCUCACCCACCUCCUACUCCACCGCAUCGAAAAAGCCCAAUUCCCCGCCCACCAAGAAGUCAACUUCCCCCCAUCCUCGCUCUUAGAAGCCCUAAUUCAGUCCUCAUCCUUCCACCAGCUCCGCCGCAUCAUCGCUCCCCUGCUUCACACAGAAGAAGGCUGUUUGCUCAUCUCCCAGUGCCAGGAUACCAUCCUAGCAGCAUGCAGCAGCAGAAACGGUUACAGUGUUGAUGACGAGUACUACGUCUCCACGGUCUUUGUCUUUCUCAGAACCAUCGCCAGCCGUUUGGCAAUGAUGGAUCUUAGAUUUGAGAUACCCGCGGACCUUUGGCCUACUAAUUAUGCUGAUCUGUUCUUUCUGGAGUGUCCAGGACUAGUAGUAGCGGGAGCGGAUGAGCAGGAUGGUGGAAGCGCUGGACAACUUGAAAAAGACGAAGAAGAAGCACAAGAAGAAGGACAAGAACCCCUAGAGAAGGACGCGGAUUAGGCAUCCGUUCAGGGUAUUGAGCUUUCUUUGAGGUCGGGAGAAAGGUCGCCCAGUUGAAGGAAGUAUUGGGGCCAACCUUGCAUUUUGGUCGGGGCAAGGCUGGAUGAAUUAGAUGUUUGUGUUAUCAUAGUCAGUUUUUGUGUGUCAGGGUAACCUUUCUUGCAGUAACGCUAGCCAAAGCGUACUCCCCCGUUCCAUAAUCAUCCAGUUAACUGAUUAUUAUUGCUAAAUAACUUUUCCAAG